AUGGAGUGCCUUUUUGGAAUUACAGGAAAUGGAUUUACACUACUUGCAGCUGACACUACUAGUGCUCGUAGCAUCGUCGUAAUGAAAGGAACAGAAGAUAAAUCUCGUGAGUUGAACGCGCAUACACUGAUGCUUUACAGUGGUGAACCUGGUGAUACUGUUAAUUUCGCAGAGUUCAUCCAACGCAACAUUAAGCUUUAUGGUAUCAAGAACGGUAUUUCACUCAGUCCAAAAGCUGCCGCCACAUUUACUCGUGGCAAGUUGGCUGAAUCACUCAGAAGCAGACAUCCGUACUCAGUCAACUUGAUAAUUGGUGGUUAUGAUGUGAAAAAAGAAAAGCCAGAGCUCUUCUGGAUCGAUUAUCUUGGAGCUAUGGCAUCAUUACCCUAUUGCGCACAGGGUUAUGGUGCCUAUUUCUGUACAUCACUUAUGGAUAGAUAUUAUAAAGAAAAUAUGACCGUUGAAGAAGCAAAGAAGCUGAUGUCUAUGUGUAUACAAGAAUUGAAGACAAGAUUCAUCGUCAAUAUGCCAAAAUUCAAGGUUCAGUUGGUUGAUAAGGAUGGUAUUCAUGAAGUUGAAUUGUAA